AGAAAAUACACUGGAAAAAACUGCUACAUAUAAAGACUUUCUACUUGGGGACCUUGAUAAAUGUAGCGGAGUACGAUAUUUGUAUGUCUUUAAUUGUGUGUCUUGACUUGUAAAUAUGGACGCUUUCUAAACUUGCUUUGUGAAGCUCCGAAAACUUUGCGAAUCUUUAGUAAACAAGUCCACGACACUUUUACGUUUUGUACAACAACUGAACAUACCUUCCCGAAGGGGAAAAAAGGGCCACAUCCAUUCUACUCGUUACAAUAUGAUGAGCCACUUUCCCGUCACAAGAAGUACUGCACAAGAGAUCUGCUCCUCCUUCCACAAGUACUUUACCUUCAGUGAAGCUCCUCCCACAGAAAUUCACCAAUAAAAGUUGGAAUAUUCCCAUCAGUGAAGAAGAGUUUUCAGUGACAGGAGUGCUCCAGAACCCUACAAAAUGAAACCUGAAGAUACUGAAGAACAUGGAGACCUGAUGGAAGAGGAGGAGGAGAGUGAAGAACUGAGUGAAGCAGAAGAAAAACAGGUCAAAACUGGAGUAAAAUCUUUGAGUCGCUCUCAGGCUCAACGUAAAUGUAUACUGAAAAGAAAUCCCCCCCCAAAAAAUUCACUUGCCCUGAGUGUGGUAAGAGUUUCCCAUACAAGCAAAGUCUUAAAGUUCACAUGAGAGAUCAUAGUGAAGAGAAGCCGUACACAUGUGAUCAAUGCGGGAAGAGUUUUACACAAAAGGGACACCUUAAGAGACACAUGAUAAUCCACACUGGAGAGAAACCAUACACGUGUGAUCAGUGCGGGACGAGUUUUGCAUAUGAAAGCACUUUUAAAAGCCAUCUGCGUUCUCACUCUGGAGAAAAACCAUUUAACUGUGAUCAGUGUGGCAAAACGUUUUUUAAUGCAGCACAUUUGAAGAUCCACUUGAAUGUUCAUACAAAGGAGAAGCCUCACAUGUGUUCAUUGUGUGGAAAGAGUUUUUCACGGAUGGGUACUUUAAAAUUACACCAGAAAAGACACAGCGGUGUGAAGAAUCAUGCAUGCCUUGAUUGCGGGAAGACCUUCUUUACAGAUACUGAACUGAAAAAGCACCUGAUAGUUCACAAUGGAGAAAAACCUUACAAGUGUUCACACUGUGACAAGAGAUUCAGUCGGUCAGAUUGUCUGAAAACACACGAGAAGAUCCACACUGGAGAGAAGCCGCACACAUGUGACCAGUGCAGAAAGAGUUUUACACUACAAGGAGAUCUUAAGGUUCACAAGAAAAGCCACACUGGAGAGAAACCGCACACAUGUGAUCAAUGUGGGAAGAGUUUCACACUAAAAUCAAACCUUAACAUACACAUGAAGAUCCACACCGGAGAGAAGCCGUACACAUGUGGUCAGUGUGGGAAGAGUUACAGACAGAUUGGCUUUUUAAAAUUACAUCUGCGUUCUCAUUCUGGAGAAAGACCAUUCAACUGUGAUCAGUGUGGUAAAAACUUUUUUUGGCCAGAAUCCCUGAAGAACCACCUGAAAGUUCAUACACAGGAGAAGCCUCACGUGCUCUUCGUGUGGAAAGAGUUUUAGUCAGCAAGGUGCUUUAAAAAGACACCAGAAAAGUCACAGCGGUGUGAAGGAACAUAUGUGCUUUGAUUGUGGGAAGACUUUUGUUACAAAUGCUGAACUAAAACUGCACCAGAGAAUGCACACUGGAGAAAAACCUUACGAGUGUUAGGUCGUUAUCUAAUUGUGACAAGAGAUUCAGUCGGUCAGAAUAUCUGAGAACACAUGAGAGGAUCCACACUGGAGAAAAACCAUAUCACUGCCCUCCGUGUGGGAAGAGUUUUACUCAAUCAUCUUCUUUACACCGCCACACAUGUCUGAACACAAAGAAGUUCAUUUUCAGAUCCAGCACUUUAAAGUGCAAUGCUACGUCCUCGCCAAAUGUGACACAAUAAUGUCAAGCAAUAAAAAAGCUCUCUUCUAUGUAAAUCUAACCAUUCUAUAUAUAUAGAUCCUAUAUAAAUCUAAUCCUAACCAGCUGCAACAUGUGACAGCACAACAUUUUUCACAGUGAGAUCAAAUUUCCUCCCAAAAAUGUGUGAAAAAGUGUGUAGACAUUUGCAAGAGAAGACUUCUGCUGUGCUGAAAAAGUGAUGAUGAAGAUCAAGUGGAUCCCAGGUUCAUUAACCGUGUCUUAGCAAAUGAGAAAAACUGUAAUGCAGUUGAAAUACUACUGCAACUCUAGUUGUUCAACUCGGUUUUUCAAAGAUUUCAUUUUUUGAUUCAGAAUAUAUUUCAAUAAGGUAUUAGGCCUACUGUAGAAUUGUAGCAAAUUGCUGUCUUGUUCAUUUUGUAUUAUGUUAGGUUUUGAACUUAGGUUUAACUGUUUUGAAAAGAAUAUGUUAGCGUGUGCAAAUUGGCAUGUAGGUAUAGAGUUUUGCCGUUGUUUAUGUCUGAGUGAGAAAAUAAUUUAUGUAAUUUGAAAGAAGUAGUCAAUGAAUUCAAGUAAUUUUGUGCGAAAGUAAUUAAAUGAUCCAUGGUUUAGCCCACAUAAACUGUUGUUGUGCUCAUUGUGUGAAAAGUUUUGAAAAAGUGACCCAAGUUUUGACAAAUGUGUUUUAGCGAUUGCAAAACACUAAUUAUUUUGUUCAGCGUCCGUUUCUGCACGUUACAUAAUUACUCCAGGAGAUGGCAACAAGUGACUGUUUUGCCGUGUUUUUGUUCUGUACCGAUGCCCAGACGUUUUUGGGAGCUAGGCCUACUGGUGAUUCAAUGAACUAAAUUUCGAAAUGACCGACUCCCAGGCCACACCAUUUGUGCGUUAUUAAUAUACUAAUACUAUACAGCUGCAAUGAAACGUAGCCUAGUAUUCAGAACAAGUCCCUAAAACAUAUCGGAUGUAUCAAAUGAUAGCCUAUAUUUAUUUUAAUUAAAAACAGUGAAAUGUGACAAACCAGUCGUUUUAAAUGUCUAACGUAAACGCUUGUCAAAUAUUAAAUGUUUACUACUUACAUCUUAUCUCGCAAUUUUUGACCGUCAGAGUCAGUGUUGGGGGUAACGCAUUACAAGUAACGCGAGUUACGUAAUCAGA